AUGGCGUCCCCUCGCAAUUACGAUCGUCUCGUGGAGUCUUUCCUGCACAAGCGCCGCAUAGCGCUCGUGCGCAGCUUCGGCGAACUGGGCCUCAGAAACAUUCUGCGUCUCCAGGCGGAGCUGCACGCCGCCGAAGAGCGAUACAAACAGGCCCUGUCUGCACAUGCAGCGACUAGCGCCUCGCAAACCCCUCAGCCAGCAACAUCGUCGGAGACCACUCCGGAUCUCCAGCAGUUGGCCGACGAGGCCGACAGGAAGCUCAGAGAGUUUUACACGUUUGUGCUGAAAUACGCGCAAAUCAAUAACCUCGCCGAACCGGACGAAGUCGAUCUCGACACCCUGGAGGUAGUCCUCAAAGUCUUUGCUGAUAUAGGCAUCAUGGACGACACGCCGUGGAAGAGAGGUCUCCAGGAAGACCUCGUCGCGCUGUUCAGCCGGAGUUAUCGAAAGCGAGAUCGCGUCACCACGUGGAUUACGAAACGGCUCAGUCGGUGGAAAGAUAGUGGUUGUUUUCGGAGAUUUGCCAAGUUCCUCCCCGGCUUCACCGUCGAUGAUGACGAAGAUGAUAAUGAAAGACUGCCCGACGGGCAGUACUUCCUCCGCUUCCACAGCCAAAAGCUCUCGUCUUGGGUGACCGUCGCCCUGGUGGUCAUCGCGACCGCGCUCAACGACGUCUCCAUGUUCGCCCUCUACACGGUCCACAGCAUCCCCGUCCGCUUCGUUGUCAUCUGGGUGUUUACGCUCGUCUUUGCGGCUGCCAUGAUGGCGCUGACUGCGUCGGACUCCAUUAGUAUGUUUACGGCCACGGCGGCGUACUCUGCUGUCCUGGUGGUGUUUGUGGGAGGGACUACCACGUAG